UCCCUGGCCUGAUGUACAAAAGUAACAUCGCUCCACAAAACAUGAAAAGCUUCAAAACUGAGUGAGAGAGUCGCCUUGUUACCUCGUCUGCUCCAAAAUAGCUUCACUGUCACACUGCGUUGUAGUUGUACUUGUAGAGUCAUCCCAGUGCAUGUACUGGCAGUAGGGAGUUUCCCUCUUCUGACUUCUUUAUUUUUCACGUUGAAAACAGUCUGAGUGAUACAAGAUUACGAUCUGCCGGGGAACGGAGGAGGCAGAAGGAGCCUCAGCUGGCUUGCUCGUUUCCAUCGUUGUUCCCCUCUUUACACCACAGGCUCAUGGUACUAGUAUAGUGCUUGUAGUAGUGCUGCCCUUGUUGAUCUACUCGAACGUUCCGGCAAAGUGUUUGGUUGAGGAGCUUGAUUGAUUUUUUGAGUUCAAAUUGUGAAAGACAAAGGAGUUUGUGUGACAGUUGCUUGUUUAUACACAAAAGUAAGUAAGUUCAUGUCCCUGGACGUCUGGCUGAAGGUAAAAUGCAUGACGCGGACGGAACAACCAGUUCUGUUGCGAAGAUCUUCGCGAAUGUGUUCAUAUCGUUCGUUGGUGCUGGUGUCCUUGGUCUGCCAUACGCUUUCAAAGAGGCUGGUAUCGUUGAAGGCUCAUUGGUGAUGGUCAUGAUUGCGAUUAUAAGCUCCAAGGCCAUGCUGCUGAUAAUUGACUGUAAAGACUUUGUUCAGGCGAAGCGUGGACCUGAUGAGGUCACGAUCCCGCUAGUACCGCUGGCUGACUCCAAAGUCGAUGCAACAGAUGAUGCAGUACAGAGUGUAGAUUCACCCCGACCUGUUCGACCUAAGAUCACCAGUGCAAUGGACUAUGGUGAUGUUGGCUAUCAUGCGAUGGGGACAAACGGCCGAAUCUUAGUAGAUAUCAGUAUUGUGGUGUCGCAGACAGGUUUCUGCUGUGCUUACCUUAUCUUCAUAUCGCAGAACAUGGCUCAAAUGUUUAAAACCUAUGUUCCCAUACAUGAGAAUGGCUACUUGGCCAUUUUGUUAGCACCACUUGCAGGUCUAGCUUUGUUACGCACUCUAGGAAGUUUAGCUAUAUUCAGCGCAUUUGCCGACUUUGCCAAUAUCCUUGCCUACACCAUUGUCUUCUGGUUUGACUUUGAGCACUUGAAUGAAAUACCGUUUCGGCCGAGAAUAGCAUCUGCCAGUUCAUUUCCAUUUUUUCUAAGUGUUGCCAUAUUUUGUUAUGAGGGUGCUGGUAUGAUUCUAUCGCUCGAGUCAUCAGUUUCUUUGGAGGUUCGCCACAAGUUUAAACCAAUCUUCUUGAUGGCAAUGGCUGUAAUCACAACAUUGUACGUUGGCUUUGGAGUAUGCGGAUAUAUGACUUUUGGUCCUCAUACAAAGAACAUUGUAACAUUGAAUUUGCCUGAAGGAUUUCUACCUGUGCUGGUGAAGUCGUGCCUCUGCUUCUCUCUUCUCUUCACAUACCCUGUAAUGAUGUUUCCUGUUAUUCGCAUCAUUGAAUCGCAAUUCUCUCAGGAGAACAUGGAACAGUGGAAAUCGGUAUUACUGCGUUUCUGUAUGGUAAUACUCACCAUCCUCAUUGUGUUGAUCAUCCCGGACUUCUCUGUCAUGAUUGCAUUGAUCGGCUCAACGUGUUGCACUCUCCUGGCGUUCAUCCUGCCUGCCAUCUUCCACAUUCGUAUUUUUGGCGGGAAACUCACACGAUGGCAAAUGUCACUGGACUACUUCCUCAUUGUGGUUGGCUUCGUUGGAGGUAGCCUUGGACUUCGUGAUGCUCUCACCCGUUUAUAGAAUUGCUUCUGCUGCAAGAUACAGUAUGCUUGGUGAGGUAUCCUGACUACUAGUCUCUUCAUUUUAGCUUUGUCUAGUGUCUCGGCGGAAUCUUGACUAUUUCUUCCUGUUACAUUACUUUUCAUGAUUGAAGUAGUCUUGUCGCACUGUUUCGUGUUUUAUUUUCUACGAUGCAGCUGGUCUCAUUACCGCUUACUUUAACUACACCGCAUGUGUUUCCUAUAAUUCUGUGUUUGGAUUGUUCUUGGCAGGUACAAGGCUCCUUGUAGGAUUUUGAUACACCUAUUUUUUUCUUUUCAUUUUUCUUUUGCUGUCUUGAUGAAUUUUCCUGUGGGGCACAGCUCCUACUAGCUGUGCGUGCUUCAGCAAAGUACUGGAAGUCUGCUGUGUUCGGCUUUCAUGAUUAAUUUUUAUAUGUCCGUACCGGCCUAGCUGCAAUCACUUUCAUGUGAGUGAUUUUGCUCAUAUUUAUAUCCUCAUGCUGAAGCCUGUUAGCCAUUUGCAGAACACUAGUUAUGAUGCUGUGCUGCUUUAUACAUGAACAUUAAUUAUGAUUGUAGGUGCAUGUAAUAGUUUGUCUAUUUUGCUCAUUAGAAUCUGAGUCUCUUGUGCAAUGCCUGCUAUACAAUCUUUCUCGGUCUCUGGUACA